AUGAAGUUCUUCGGGUCUUCUAACCUACCCGUUUUCUUUUUCAAGAUUCUCUUCACUCUUCCGCUGGUUAUGCAGCUGUAUGAUCCCCAACCUCUUCAAAUUACGUUACAGGUUCUACCGGUGGACUAUCUAUCAAGCGAUUGCCUCAAAGAUAUUGAACAGAAGCUUCAUCUGAACUGGAUCAAAUUUAACGUUCUGAGCACCGCUGCAAUGAUAGCGCCAAACUCUGAUGGCUUUUGGAGCAAUAAGCUUGACCACACCUGCUGGCAAACGAUUAAGAUGGGAACGAUCAGCCCAUCUGGGGAUAAGAAUGAGCUUUUGGUGUUGUCUACAGGCACAAAAGCAGAAACUAUUUAUAUUGGUGAUGUGCUUCAGCUGACUCUUUACGAGAAUGGCCUGAAAGUAGGAAAUAAUCAUGCGUCGAGUACGAUGCCCAUCGUCCCUGACUUCACAACGUACGGUAUCAAGCACUAUAAUCAGCGGGAUUGGGAGCUUUCUUUGAUUAUUGCUGGAGAGACGGUUGAUGUCAACUUUAAUGAAAAGCUGAAGAUCAUGCCAGCGCCUUAG